UCUCUGUGCUUGGUUGCAGACGCGGAUGCAGAGCCUGCAGCCCGACCCCCAGGCCCAGUACCGGGGCGUGUUCCAGGCCCUGCGGAAGAUGGUGCGCACCGAGGGCUUCUGGCGGCCCCUGCGGGGCAUCGAUGUCACCAUGCUGGGGGCUGGCCCUGCCCACGCCCUCUACUUCGCCUGCUACGAGAAAAUGAAAAAGUCUCUCAGUGAUAUUUUCCAGCCAGGAGGAAACAGCCACUUGGCCAAUGGCAUUGCUGGGAGCGUGGCCACGCUGCUGCACGACGCCGUGAUGAACCCUGCCGAAGUGGUGAAGCAGCGGCUGCAGAUGUUCAACUCUCCGUACACGUCGGUGCUGGGCUGCGUGCGGACGGUGCACAGGACCGAGGGCUUGGGAGCCUUCUACCGCAGCUACACCACGCAGCUGACCAUGAACGUGCCCUUCCAGGCCAUCCACUUCAUCACCUACGAGCUGAUGCAGGAGCACCUGAACCCCCACCGCCAGUACCACCCCCAGUCCCACAUCGUGGCGGGCGCCGUGGCCGGAGCCGUGGCCGCCGCCGCCACCACGCCGCUGGACGUGUGCAAGACGCUGCUGAACACGCAGGAGGACACGGCCCUGAGCUCCCUCAAGAUCAGGGGGCACCUGUCGGGCAUGGCCAACGCCUUCAGCACCGUUUACCAGCUGGGAGGGCUCCCCGGCUUCUUCAAGGGCGUGCAGGCCCGGGUCAUUUACCAGAUGCCCUCCACGGCCAUCGCCUGGUCCGUCUACGAGUUCUUCAAGUACUUCCUCACCAAGCGCGCGCUGGAGAGGAGACCCUGAGGAGCCCCGGGGAGGGGAGCGGGGCCUGCCCGGGCUCCUGGCACUCUGCCCCGCUGCAACCGUGCUGCACCGCUGCAACCGUGCUGCACCGCUGCAACCGUGCUGCACCGCUGCAACCGUGCUGCACUGCUGUCCCCACAUCCCCUGGGGAUUGGCACUGAGGGACCCGGGGGCUCCGGGGAUCCCUGGUCACCGUGUCCUCAGGAAUUCCUGGACACUGAGUGCCCCACUGUCACUGAGUGACCCAGGGAUCUCUGGACACCGAGUGUGUCCCUGUCACUGAGUGACCCCAGGGAUCCCUGGUCACCGAGUGUGUCCCUGUCACUGAGUGUGUCCCUAUCACUGAGUGACCCCAGGGAUCCCUGGUCACCGAGUGUGUCCCUGUCACUGAGUGUGUCCCUGUCACUGAGUGACCCCAGGGAUCCCUGGUCACCGAGUGUGUCCCUGUCCCUGAGUGUCCUCAGGGAUCCCUGGACACCGGGUGUGUCCCUGUCACUGAGUGUCCCCAGGAACUCCUGGACACUGAGUGUCCCCAGGGAUUCUGGACAUUCCUGGUCACUGAGUGUCCCCCUGUCUCCAGGUGUCCCCAGGGAUUCCCGUGGUGCUCCCCCUGGUCACUCAGUGUCCCCUGUCACUCAGUGUCCCCUGUGAUUCCUGGUCACUCAGUGCCCCUUUCCCUUCCUUAAACAACAACAACAAAAAAAAGAGUUUAUACAGACUUUGAUAUUAAUAUAUAUCUAUUUAAUAACUUUAUUUGGAA